UUCACUUUCAAGUUAAGUAUCAUCACACUUAUUCAUUCAGUCAUUCACACAUUAUUUCCUCUCACCAAAAUUACAUAAUUCUUGUGAACAUUGGCUUAAAACCAAAAAAGAAAUAAAGAAAGAGUAAUAAGAGGAAGUAGAAGCCAAGGCCGAGCCGAGUCGAGUCGAGAGGUGAAAACAUGCAAAGUCAGCAACAAUUAUAAAAUUUGGUGUGGUCCCCAUAACCAGCCUGGUUCGAAAAGUCGGAAAACCCAAAACUACACAACAUAGACAACACAACCAAACUCAUCUCUUUUUCUUUAACACUUCCACUUGCCAUCGCCGACACUUCAAGAAAAAUUAAAGAAAAGAAAGUAAACUCUUUCACCAAAAAAAAUAAAGAAAAUUUAUUGUUCCAUCUUUCUGAUAAUCGGAUCUUACAGAGAGAGAGCUCCAUGGAUCGCCGCAUCUAUGGUGGCUCCGCCGUCAUUCAUCUCUUUCUCUUCUUCUCCGUCCUAAUCUUCUCCGCCGCAUCUGCAUUAUCCAAGAACCAGUCUCCUUCUUCCGGGUCGGGUCAGAUCAACUCCAACUCUGUCCUCGUAGCUCUUCUUGACUCUCGUUACACUGAGCUAGCUGAGCUCGUCGAGAAAGCUCUUCUCCUUCAGACACUUGAAGACGCUGUUGGUCGUCACAAUAUUACCAUUUUUGCUCCUCGCAAUGAAGCUCUUGAGCGUGACCUUGACCCUGAGUUCAAGCGGUUCUUGCUCGAGCCAGGUAAUCUCAAAUCUCUGCAAACACUCCUCAUGUUCCACAUUAUACCCAAUCGGGUCGGGUCGAACCAAUGGCCUUCAGAAGAAUCGGGUCGGGUCAAGCACCACACGCUAGGGAACGAUCAGGUCCGUUUGAGCAACGGACAAGGAAAAAAGAUGGUUGAUUUAGCUGAGAUUAUCCGACCCGAUGAUUUGACCCGACCCGACGGAUUGAUCCACGGGAUUGAACGGCUUCUCAUUCCUCGCUCUGUUCAAGAAGAUUUCAAUCGCCGUCGUAGCCUUCAAUCAAUCUCCGCCGUCUUACCUGAAGGAGCUCCUGAAGUUGACCCGAGAACCAACCGUCUCAAGAAACCCGCAGCUCCAGUACCCGCCGGAUCUCCACCAGCUCUUCCGAUCCAAUCCGCUAUGGCCCCUGGUCCGUCGCUAGCUCCGGCACCAGCUCCGGGACCUGGAGGCAAGCAGCACCACUUCGACGGUGAGGCUCAAGUCAAAGAUUUCAUCCAUACACUGUUACAUUACGGCGGUUACAACGAGAUGGCAGAUAUUCUCGUGAAUCUGACGUCACUCGCGACAGAGAUGGGACGGUUGGUGUCAGAAGGCUAUGUGUUAACGGUUUUGGCUCCUAACGAUGAAGCAAUGGCGAAAUUGACCACGGAUCAGCUGAGUGAGCCAGGAGCACCGGAGCAGAUCGUAUACUACCAUAUAAUCCCUGAGUAUCAAACGGAGGAGAGUAUGUACAAUUCUGUUAGGAGAUUUGGGAAGGUGAAGUUCGAUACGUUGCGUUUUCCUCAUAAGGUUGCGGCUAAGGAAGCUGAUGGUUCCGUUAAGUUUGGUGACGGUGAGAAGUCGGCGUAUUUGUUUGAUCCUGAUAUCUAUACGGACGGUCGGAUUUCGGUUCAGGGGAUUGACGGUGUUUUGUUUCCACAAGAGGAGGAGGUUGUUGAAUCGGUUAAGAAACCGGUUAAGAAAAUUGUUCAGCCGAGAAGAGGGAAAUUGUUGGAAGUAGCCUGUAGUAUGCUUGGUGCUUUUGGCAAGGACACUUAUCUCAGCAAAUGCCGGUGAAUUCGCAAACCCGCCAAAGAAUUGAUGUAAACACAUUCAAAAAGCUGAUUGAAGGUUUGGCCUUUGGUGAAUAGAAAAGGAAGAGAGAGGACAACAACAACAACGUUUUAAAAAACCAAUCUUCCAUGGAAUUAGAAGGAUUGGUUUGUUGAGUUCUUUUUUUCUUUAAAUAUAUAUUUUUGGGGGGGGGGGGGGGGGGUGUUUGGUCUUCAUGGAUUAUGAAUACUGUAAUUAGAUAUAUCAAUCAUUUUUUAAUUAAUUUGGUGGUGUAUGAGAAUGAGAGUACACUAAAUAAAAAGAGAGAACAAAGUUUUUUUCUUCCAUGGUAAGGAUUUGUUGUUUUGGAGUCUUUGGCUUUUACUAUAGGGAAAGUAUAAUUCCACUUUGUGUAUGGUAAGAGCAAGGGAAUAAUUAAAUUACAUCCAUCGUCACCUUUUUCUUAGAUGUCUCUGACUGUAGUAUUUUGAGAGAAUGUAAUAUUUAUAAUGUGAUAUAUUUUGGUAGAACAAAUUAUAUUCACGUGGACGUGGACAUGGGAAAUGAGUUGGUUCAGGCUGUGUUUGUUGAUUAUUGGAGGACAAACUCAAAACUUAGCUGUCUUUGUGAGAAAUCUCAAGUCUUAAUACUGAAGUUGUCUGAAUUUUGUUUUUCCAUAGUAC